GAGGAGGGUGAGUCGGUCGAUCUGAGCUGACAUGCCCCAAACUAGAAAAUCAAUCUUGUUUUGUACACUACUAGUUUAUUCGUACCGACGGUGAAACACAACGAUUCAAACACACUCUCAAUUCCCUUCCUUGUGCACCUGCUGCUCAAACCUCCUCUAAAUCUCACUCAUUGUUCUCUCUGACUUGUAACUGAUUCGUUGAUUGUCUUUGACCAAUUCAAAUUGCUGGAUUAAUGAAUUACUUAUUAUCCUUUUCGUUCAUUCUUGUGUUGUAGCAAUGACAGCUCUGCUUCCUCAAUACGUUGGAUGUGAAUUAAGAUAAUGUUCAAAUCCAAAAUUAAAUGGGCUGGACUUGGAUUACUGGCAUUAUCCUUUUUUUCUUUACUGGUGCACUUGUUUGUAGCCAAUUCAAGUGGCGAGUUAGGGCAUUAUAGUGCACUGACAAGUUUUAAUGAGGAUUUAAACAUUGGCGUUGGGGAUAGACUGCCUGUCAUAUCUAGAAAGUUGUGGGGAAAUGUGAAGUCCUUAGAGUCCUUGCAGCCAUAUUCAAAACCUAGAAGUAGAUAUCCUGCUCCAUCUAAGCGCAACAAUGGCUUCAUUUAUGCCAAGAUCUUUGGUGGAUUUGAGAAAAUAAGAACUUCUAUCUGUGAUCUUGUUACCAUAUCCAGGCUUCUAAAUGCGACCCUUGUUAUCCCAGAGAUCCAAGAAAGUACACAAUCAAAAGGCAUCAGCUCGAAGUUCAAGAGUUUUUCAUAUAUUUACAAUGAAGAGCAGUUUAUAGCAGCUCUGGCAAAUGAUGUAAUAGUUAUCAAGAGUCUACCAUCUACACUGAAAGAAGCAUGGAAACGCAAAGAAUAUAAAAUCUUUAAGCCCAAGAAUUCGGCCUCCCCAAGCUUCUAUACUCGAGAGAUUUUGCCAGAGCUGAAGAAGGCCAAAGUGAUCGGGUUAGUGCUUACUGAAGGGGGCUGCUUACAGUCUGUCCUACCUCCUAGCUUGGUAGAGUAUCAGAGACUAAGAUGCCGGGUAGCAUUUCAUGCCCUUCAAUUCCGCCCAGAAAUUUUGUCAGUUGCAAAUUUAUUGGUGAAAAGAUUGCGAGCUUCAGGCCAGCCUUACCUUGCCUUUCAUCCUGGGCUUAAGAGAGAUUCUCUAGCUUUUCACGGUUGUGCUGAGAUUUUUCAGGAUGUCCACACUGAACUCAUACAGUAUCGCAGAGCACAGAUGAUUAAGCACGGGAUUGUCAAGGAUGAAUUGAGUGUAGAUUCAUAUCUUCGAAAAGGAAAUGGCUCUUGUCCUCUAAUGCCAGAAGAAGUAGGAAUUCUCCUUCGGGCUAUGGGUUAUCCUCCAAAAACAAGAGUAUAUGUGGCAGGGUCAGAAUUAUUUGGUGGCCAGCGAAUCCUAAUUCCCUUGCGUGCUAUGUACACUAACCUAGUGGAUCUCACAUCUUUAAGCAGCAAGCAAGAGAUAAUUGAUGUAAUUGGUCCUGAAACCCCCAUUCCUCUUGAUGCUCUCCAGCCCCCUCCCAUUAAAAGUAAAAAGCAAUCACGAGAAGAUUGGAAUAAAGCUGGUCCUCGUCCUCGGCCUCUUCCUCCACCUCCUGGCCGCCCAAUUUAUCAACAUGAAAAAGAAGGAUGGUACGGUUGGAUCGGUGAGAGUGAUUCCGAGCCAGACCCCUCACCACUUAAUUUAAGGAUGCAAGCACAUCGUUUGCUUUGGGAUGCUAUUGAUUAUGUUGUUUCCGUUGAGGCUGAUGCAUUCUUUCCUGGUUUUGACAAUGAUGGGAGUGGGUGGCCUGAUUUUUCAAGCCUGGUAAUGGGACACAGGGCAUAUGAGAUGGCAUCUUCUAGAACAUAUAGACCAGACAGGAAAUUUCUUGCAGAGCUUCUGAAUAGUACGAGGGACCACCUUUAUGAUCAUAGCCGCAAUUGGACGAUUUUAGUGCGAAAUCAUCUUAAUGCUAGCUUGAGGGAGGAAGGCUUUAUCAAAAAAUUUAGUCAAUCGAAACCCUUGUCAUUCCUUUCUCAUCCAAUUCCAGAAUGCUCUUGUAGAACAAUGAAGACAUCAGAUAUUCAGUCUGAUUCAAGGAGUUCCAAAAUUUCUAAGAAUUUGUUUAAAGGCGAGGACGAGUGCCCAAGCUGGAUGGAACGUACUCGAGCAGCAACGACCACACCGGAGAAUGCAGCUGACGAGGAUGAGGCAGAAGAUGAUAUUGAUUUAGGGCUGCAAUAUUCAGAUUACCAAAAUAGGAAGAAUGAUUCAACAUCUACCGAUCAGGAUGAAGAAAUGGAUCCCAACGAUUGAUGAAAUGGAUAUAUAAAUGUCUUCAGACGUCUGGGGCAUCUUUUGUUCUGCUUGUAUUGUUUUUUAAUUAUUUCUGACAAAGUUCUACAGGUGAAAGAUUACUUAAAAAAUAUUCCUUGUGAAGGCAGCAUCGCGGGAAAUUAUUCGGAUUCUCUGAAGGGACGUGCUCAAGUUUUUUCAAACCCCUCAAGUUCUUUGAAUAAAGGUUGGCAGGUAUAUGCUACUGCGGUGGUGGCUCACACAAGGACUUCUGUUGAUAAAUUUAUAGAGGCGAAAGUUUUUGGUUUAUUAUUUUUGUCUUCAUCGCAUACUUCACUGUGAAUUGUAUAAUUUUGACACGUAGGACUCUGAUAGGAAAAACUCAGAUUGUGCUUUACAGAUUUAUACCAUACCAAUUGAAAUGCGGCUACAGUAAAUAUUGUUUCUGGAAUUUUGUUCUAAGCUUAUAUUAGAAAGUUAUAGCUAUAUGAUGCUUGUGAUUAUGCAA